UGAUGUUAGGAGAAUCAAUCUCAUAUUCACAUUGUUUCCUGAUGUUUUACUAUAUAUGUUGGAGCUCAUGAUAUAUGCACCAAAUGUGGCUUACAAAGCAAGGGAAACUAAAACCUUAAAAACAGGAGUUUUGUAGUAAUACAAAGAUCGUUAUAUUGCAGCAAUGAGUUUCUUUCAGAAAUGGAAACCAGUAGCUGCAAUGAUAUUUGUUGAAUUUGCUCUGGCUGUCGUAAACGCGCUAUUCAAAAAAGUACUCAGUGGAGGAAUGAGCCAAUUGGUGAUAGCUACAUACAGGUUCUCAAUCGCCGCGAUUUUCUUAACUCCCAUUGCAUGUUUACUGGAAAGGAAUUUCAUAUCAAAUUUAACAGGUCGCGUUGUUUGUUCUCUGUUCUUCAGUGCACUUCUCGGGGGUACACUCACUCAGUAUUUCUUCCUAAUCGGGCUGAAGUACACCUCAACAACAUUUAGCUGUGCUUUCAUUAAUAUGGUUCCCAUCAACACAUUCGUUAUGGCAUUGCUACUCGGGCAAGAGAAAAUAACAAUUAAAUGCAAAAGCGGGAGAGCUAAGGCGUUAGGAACCUUAUGUUGUCUUGGGGGAGCCUUAAUACUUACGUUAUACAAAGGAAUGCCACUGAUAAGCAAGCCGGCAUCAGAAGCACAUGAAGUGAACCACAGCACAAAGAAUUGGAUUGUUGGUUCGUCGUUUCUAUUUGCUGGAAGCCUCGUUUGGUCGUCGUGGUUCCUCAUACAAGCUAAGAUAGGGAAGGAAUAUCCUUAUCAGUAUUCUAGCACAGCAAUAAUGUCAUUACUUGGAGCCAUUCAAUCUGCUAUAUUGAGCCUUGUCAUUGAUAGAAACACAUCAACUUGGUUUCUGAAAGGAAGUUUAGAGAUCUCAAGUGUCAUAUACGCCGGAAUAGUGGGAUCAGGGUUAUGCUAUGUGGUCAUGUCAUGGUGUGUCAAGAAAAAGGGUGCAGUUUUCACUUCUGCAUUUAGUCCCUUUAUUCAGAUAUUUGCUGCUGUUAUUGACAUCUGCAUACUUCAUGAACAAAUUCAUCUUGGAAGCAUAUUGGGGUCAAUUUUGGUUAUUAUUGGCUUGUAUAUUCUUCUAUGGGGUAAAAGUAAAGAAGCAGAAAUUUUGAAGGAUUCUCUAGCAACAGAAAAGAAUGGACAAGCUACACUACCAGUUACGUCAAGUCCACCUUGUACUUAAGAAGACUACAUGCAACAGAAUUCCUCCCUGAAGCACUAAGUAGUGUAAUUUCCAGUAUCUUAACAACAAAGAAUCAAUGUUUUUAAUAGCCAAAAGUGUAUAUUCCAGUUUAAUUUGAUGUUGCUAAAUGCGCUACAUAUCGACGAUAUUCAUCUU